CUCGACAACUGCUACAUAGCUGAGCGGACUUAUGCCUUUUUGAUCCACUCUUCCCACCGAGUUACAAGCUGUUUCAAUUCAGCUAUUUUACUCCACACAGCCCCUUUUUACCCUUCUAACACGUCAGCCUCCCCAAUGCAAUCACCAGAGCCUCGCAAGAAACCACAGGCCCGUCCCUGGAGCGACUCCGAAAAGCUACGCCUGGUGGAGCUGCGAACGAAAUACUUUCCGGAUCGAAGCCUUGCUGCAAUUCAAGGGGCUUAUUCUCCUGCUGAAGGUAAUCAAGGCCCGACUCCCAGCAAGGGUAGAAAGCGUUCCGUUGCUAGCUCAGGAACACCCGAGAGCUUUGCUGAACCCAAAAAGACGAAGACAAUCUGUGGCUUUGAUGAUGACUCAGAAGACGAACCCUCCAACCAGCUGUUUGUGGAAGAGAACACAUUCGUGAAGGCCCAAGCUGCUGAAAGAUGUGAUACUCGAAAGGCGCCAAAAGCUGUCACUGUCGAUGUGGCAAAGAUUGAUAAACCCUCUUGCAACAUCACCGAGCUACCAGAAGGAAUGCAGUUUUUUGAGAAGAUUAUCAAUGAGUACAAGUCAUUGCAGCAAACCCUGGUACAGAUGGAGAGCAAGCUGAAGGAGAGCGAGGAUGAGCUGAAAAGUCUGAAAAUGAGCACCAUGACUGAUAAAUGCCAGUUUGAGGUGGCCAAAGCCGACUUGCAAGAAGAGAUGGAUCUCCUCAAGGCCGAACUCCUCCAGGUAAAGUCCGAGAAGGUCGAGAUGAAGCCGGCUACGAGCAAUGAAGGUUGCCAGCGUUGUACCGAGCUCGAAGAACAGCUCGACCACCUCUUUACGACCUUUCGCCCUGCUCCGAAGUAGGCUUUUAAGCACACCGUGGCUCAUUGAGGAAGAUUCUGAGCACUUUGGUUUUGUUUCCUUUUUUUCCUUCUCGUUCAUGAU